AUGUUUGAAAUAUUGUUUGAAUAUGGUUCGAUGAUAAGAAAAUUUCUUGGAAGCAUUUAUCAAAAUUAUUUCAUUGGAAAAAACAAAAAUGAUCGUUGUGCAUGGGUAACAUUAAUUUGUAAUGAUGAAUAUUUACCAGGUGUAUUAGCUUUAGUACGUUCAUUAAAACGAUCGAAAACAAUUUAUCCACUAGUAGUUAUAAUUGUUGAAGAUAACGUAUCACAAGAUGCUCAACAACAAAUAAAAAAUGAAGAAUGUUCUAUAAAAUAUGUUCAAGGUUUAUAUCCAAAUCAAGAAUUAUCAGAUUUGGCUGCUCAACAUUUCAUGUUCGCAUGGACUAAAUUACGAGCAUUUCAAAUGACUGAUAUUGCUGAUAAAUGCGUUUUUCUUGAUAGUGAUAUGAUUGUUUUACAAAAUCUCGAUGAAGUAUUUCAAUUAGAAGAUGAUCCUGAUUUUGCAGCUGUUCAAACAUGUAUUUGUAAUCCAGGUAAAAUCUCGACUUAUCCGGAAUUUUGGAAUCCAUCUAAUUGUCCAUAUAGUCAUAAUGAUUUAUCAACUAUUGAUGAUCGAGGUCGAAUGUUUAAUGGUGGAUUCUUUUUAUUUCAUCCAAAUGAAAAUGUUUUUCAAGAAAUGUUAAAAUGUUUAAAUACAUGGGAUUUAAGUCAAUUUAAAUUUGCUGAACAAGAUUUUUUGAACAAAUUUUAUGAAAAAAACUGGAAAUCUUUACCAUCGAUUUAUAAUGCAUUGAAAACAUUUUCUAUUACUCAUCCAAAUAUAUGGGAUUUAUCAAAGAUAAAAAUUAUUCAUUAUUUAAAUGCAAAACCAUGGAAUAAAGCAGAUCCAAGAAAUCAACUAUAUGAAAAUAUUAAUCAAUUAUGGUGGGACGCAUUGGAAUAUAAAUCAAAUUGA